AACCUCAGACCAAGGUUCUCCCCUGUUCCCUAGAAAACUGCGAGGAAAAGGUACCAUUUGAAAACUCCUUUAACCUGGCCUUUUGAUACAUUUGGAGCAGUUGUCUCCUUAGCAGCAGCCCCGGUGUGGAUACUUCAGACAAAAUUAUGGAGCCACAGAGUCAGAAUUUGAAGACAACACCUCCAUUGACUUUAGAAAGAUUUCACAUUUCUGAAGAGUAUGGCUUUCUUCUUCCAAAUCCUCUGAAAGAACUCCCCGAUCAUUACAGGCCCUGGAUGGAAAUUGCCAGCAAACUCCCUCACUUGAUUGACACUCACCAGCUUCGAGCUCAAGUGAACAAGGGCCAAAGUCUGGCAAAGUGCGGACAGACACGGAGAUGCUGCCCCCUAGAGGACAGCGGAGGAAGGAGUCCAUCGCGAAGGCUGAGGCUCCAGCUGGGCCGGUCCCAGCCCAUCCUUCAUCUAGGAGCUUAAAGAGACAACCCGCGACGUCCACCGCUGCCCCUUCUGGCGCUUCGGACCCGGGACAGCGUCACCUGGGAAGAUCCACAUCAGACUGUGUCUAGCGCUGGGGAAGGGAUUGGGGAUGGAGGAAACUCUAGGAGGAUGUGCAAGGAAGCUGGAGCUCAGAGGCUGUUGAUGGCAACCAAGACUCGCCAGGCUCACUCCAGCAAAACUGAGAAACAGUCAUUUUUGCUUGGGUAGCGCUGUGGGUAGUAACUCACUUGCGUACAAGGUUUUGCCUUCAAUAACAUCACCUUUAAACCUCCCGAAGAGUCAUCUUGAACAAGGAGGAAGCAGGCGUGGAGAGGUGAAAAGACUCAGCCAAGGUCACGGGAAGUGUUUGGACUGGACGUGCUUGGAUGGGACUGAACCCACCCCACCCUCACUCCAGCUCAGCUAGUGAUGGUGACCAGAGUCCAGCAAAAUCAGGGGGACAAUUUGGGGCACUUCGUGAGCAAAAUCAUCUGAAAUGCCUUCUACACGGCAGCAUCUUAAGAUCAGAGGAGGAAUGGAUGCCCCUCUUGAACUGCCAGUUCCUCACGGGUUACAAGGAGCAGCACCUGGCCCACCUGAUCCUGAGCUUUAUCACCAUGGGGUAUGUCUGGCAGGAAGGAGAGACGCAGCCCAAAGAGGUUCUGCCAAGAAACCUUGCCCUUCCCUUUGUGGAGGUUUCCAGGAACUUGGGGCUCCCCCCUAUCCUGGUUCAUGCAGACUUGGUGCUGGCCAACUGGGCUGCAAGGAAUCCGGAAAAACCCCUGGAAAUAAGGAACCUGGACCCCAUUGUCUCCUUUCCUGGGGGAGAAAGCAUCCGUGGUUUUAUACUGGUGACUGUUUUGGUGGAGAAAGCAGCGGUACCCGGGAUUAAGGCCCUUGUUCAGGCAGUGAAUGCCCUCUUGAAGCCCAGCCCGGACUGCCUGCUCCAAGCCCUGCAGCGACUGACACUCUCCAUCCAGGAUAUCACCAGAGCCUUGGGACAAAUGCACGAUUAUGUCGAUCCAGACAUAUUUUAUGCAGUCAUCCGCAUCUUCCUUUCUGGGUGGAAGGAUAACCCAGCAAUGCCUGCUGGGUUGGUGUAUGAGGGCGUUUCUGAAGAGCCUCUGGGAUAUUCUGGUGGCAGCGCUGCUCAGAGCACCGUGCUCCAUGCCUUUGAUGAAUUCUUAGGGAUUCGUCAUAGCAAGGAGAGUGCGGAUUUUCUGCACAGGAUGAGGGAUUACAUGCCUCCCUCCCACAAGGCCUUCAUAGAGGAAAUCCACUUGGCUCCUUCCCUGAGGGACCACGUCCUGUCCUCUGGAGAUGGCCAGCUUCUGACAGCCUAUAACCAGUGUGUGGAGGCCCUGGCAGCCCUGCGCAGCUAUCACAUCACCAUGGUGACUAAGUACCUCAUCACGGCUGCAUCCAGAGCAAAGGGCAGGAGGACCAGCCAUCUCCCAGGGCCGCCCCGGUCCUUAGAAGAGAGGGGCACUGGCGGUACGGCAGUUCUGAGAUUCCUGAAGAGUGUUAGAGACAGAACCUUAGAGGCAACCCUCCAACAAAGCAGCUAAGAGGAGUUUCCAUUGUGGCUCAUCACGUUAAGGACCUGACGUUGUCUCUAUGCGAGUGUGAGUUCAAUCCCUGGCCUCGCUCAGUGGGUUAGAGAUCUGGGGUUGCCACAAGCUGUGGUGUAGGUCACAGAUGUGGCUUGGAUCUAGUGUUGCUGUGGCUGUGGCAUCGAAGGGCAGUGAGCUCCAAUUUGACCCCUAGCCUGGGAAUUUCCAUAUGCUGCAGGUGCAGCCUAAAAAAGACAAAAAAAGAAAAAGUUCUAAGAGCCUCUCUCCCAUCCAGCAAGGCAAAUGCAGUCUCUCCUUGCCCUCUUCUCUGCGGACGGCAGGCCCAGGGUUCUGUCUGGAAUCAUCUGGAAGGGACCUCAGCCCUGUUGCUGUUCUUGCUACAUGGAGCACCACCUUCUCCUCUGUUGGGAGCUCUUCGUCCUCAUGGAGAAGAAUGUCAAGGCCAGAAUCUUGUUUUCCCUACCUGAGCCCUGGGUAAUAGCCAACAGCUUUGAAUAUGCUUAUUCAGAACCCCACAGAAGAGUGUGUGUACCCCAUUCUGUGUGUAAAGCAAUUGAAAACCAAGUUCAAUUCACAGAUCAAAUAAAUCACUUGUGGAUGGAUCGCUUGGUUGGUGUCUCAAAAAAAAAGUAAAAAUUCCUGUGUUCAGGAGUUCCCAUGGUGGCUCAGUGAGUUACGAACAUGACAUGGCAUCCUUGAGGAUGUGGGUUUGAUCCCUGCCUCGUCCAGUGGGUUAACGAUCUGGUGUUACCACAACUUCAGGAUAGGUACAAAUACAGCUCGGAUCUGGUGUUGCUGUGGCUGUGGUGUAGGCCUCAGCUGAAGCUCUGAUUUGACCCCUAGCUUGGGAACUUCCAGGUGAGGCCCUAAAAAAAAAAAGAAAAAAUUCUUUCAUUCAUUCAUUCACUUAUUAUGUUCCUACUGAGCACUGGCUUAGGGGUUACAGCAGGGAUCUUUGUGGCCCCAGUCCAGCCGUCUUCUCCCUGCACAUGCAGAACUUGGGGUCAGACAGUGACAAACUCUCCAGGGGAGAUGUAAGCUGACAGUAAGUCUCUGGAAUCACCAGUCUGGAAACGAGUAGUUAAUGACAUGGGAACGGAUGUGGCUUGUCACGUGGUUCUGAAAUGUGUACAGUCUAUUUUGGUUUCCUUCUUUAUUUUUAGAAGAAGGAUGAUUCUUUCUCCUUAGGCUGAAAGUCUGCAUUUUGUAAAAAUGAAUGGAUUGACCCUUUGGAAGCCAAUGGGUGAAAUGGGAAUAAACAGGAAAUUUAGGUUUUGCGUGCAAA